ACGAGCCCCGCGCCGCCCCGCGCCGCGUCUCCGGGGAGGAGCGGCUCUGUCGGCGCGCUGCAGCCGGACUCGGUGCUCCGCUUUCAGGCUGCCGUGAACUCCGAGGGCCGCCUGUGCUCGCGUGCAGCCCCCCCGCGCGCGGGGGGGGGUCCGUCGGGUUCUGCUUUUGGACUUUAGAGGACCGUAGGUGAGUCCCGAGCGCGUUCACGUGGUUUCGGUAUUGGUGCGCGCGCGCUGGAGGUUUUGGUGGGUCGGGUCCGGGUCGCGCUGUUUGCAGAGACAGAGAGGGGUUUUCCCUGACUCCUCCCCCUCCUACAGGGCGUUCACGUGUUGCAACAGCCGCCGCUCUGCCCGCGCAGCCGUUCCGGUUCGGUUCGGUUCGGCUCGGUGUCAGGCCCGGUUCUUCCCGCAGAUCCUCCUCCCUCACGCAGCGGAGCCUCGGCAGGUGCGCUUCACCUGGUCAGGACGCAGCGUUCCCUCCAAGACAGGCGCGCGUGGACUGCUGCAGAUGCACCCGGGAGCCGAGGCGGAACCAUGCCGCGCACCAAGCAGAACCACCCCAAGAACCUGAAAGGUGUGGACAGUGGACAUCGGGUCGAGGACAGCAUAAAAGGCCUGAAGAGGAAAAAGUUUGUUGCAGAAAAUCAGCUAAAGAAAAUCCCCAAAUCUCCAGUUAAGAAGCCCCUGCAGUCUAAACCAUGUGAAGCUGCUCGUCACGACUCUUCCUCCAAAGAAACCACCACUUCCUGCUCUUCUUCCUCCAACAGCCCCGCCCACUGUCCUCCAUCCUCACCCAGCAGGAAGGAAGAUGCUCAGCGUGUCCAAACAGCUGCUCCCGUCGAGGGGUCCUGCUCUCCGGCCGAUGGAAGGCUGAAGCUGGAGAACUCUGCUGGGUUUCAUGAGGAGAGCUCCCGGGUCGCAGAGACAGAACCUAAAGACGGGACGAGUCCAGAACGCAGUUUCGAGGGCAGCGCUGCUCUGGAUGUUCUUCUGAAGGCCAUGGAGCCGGACUUCAGCACGCUGACAGAGAGGAAACCCUCCCUGCAGGCUGCAGCCAUCAGUAAACCAGCUACUCCUCUCCGCCUGCAGCCCAUCAGGGAGGUCAGCCUGCAGACCCAACACCCCAACAUGCAGACCUAUUACAUCGACAAACAAGGGAACUUCAUUAGCGUUGCAGCGACUUUGCAGGGAAACUUGCAGAGCACACAGGGUCCUCCUCCCUGCACCGCGCCGCAGUUCCUGCCUGAAAAGCCCAGUUUGCACCUGAACUUUAACGCUGGACCGUCGGCACCUUUGGGCUCCAACACUUUGCCCCAAAGCCAGCCACCGGUAGUUCACACAUGUCAGUCCCUGUCUGCCAGUGUUCCCAGCACCGUGCAGGUCCCGGUGACUCCAGGAGGAAACCAGGUGCAGAUGACCACCGUCAUGAACUUUGGUGCUGAGCAGCUCUCCAAGGACCAAAAGCCCAAAAAGCCAGGGAAGUAUGUGUGUGAGUACUGCAGCCGGGCAUGUGCCAAACCCAGCGUGCUGCUGAAGCACAUCAGGUCUCACACCGGAGAGAGACCCUAUCCCUGCGUCACCUGUGGCUUCUCCUUCAAGACCAAGAGCAACCUCUACAAGCACAAGAAAUCCCACGCUCACGCCAUAAAGCUGGGGCUCAUCGCGCGCUCCGAGUCCGGAGGGGGGUCGUUGUCCCAGGAGUUGGACCGGGCUGCCAGCACUCACUCAGAGGCCGAUGAGAGCGGUGACAGCGACGAGGAAGGGAGCGCCGCGGACCUGGAUCCGGACUCCUCACAGAGCAGCACAGCAGCUGAAAACAGGAGUGCAGGAACGGUCCUCACAGAGGCCGAGUCCGUCAAUUCCUCCCCGGUUCAAAGGACCCACGAGCCUAAAGCCCCUGCUGCUCUUCCAAAAGUUGUCGUGUACCCGGUUAACGUGUCGCCUCUGAGGGCCGACAGUCCAAGAGUUACCGGCGCCGCACCCGAGCAAGCUGCUGCUCAGAGGCAGCGGGAGUUCCAGACCUCCRGUCUGAGACAGAACAACACGGUGCUGUCCUCUCUCAAGGAGGUGGACGACACAAACCCCUCGCUGGAYGCUGCGAGUGAGGAUGAGGACCAGCAGUGUAAGUCUCCUCUGCUGGGCGGACAUGCUCAGCUCCAGAGACAACAAGCCACGGACUUCUCUCAGCAGCAGCAGCCCAAGUGUCUGCUCAGUCCUCGCAGUCUGGGUAGCACAGAUUCAGGGUACUUCUCUCGCUCUGAAAGUGCCGAUCAGGCCAUGAGCCCCUCGAGUCCCUUCGUAAAGAUAACUCCACCGGUAGACGCCGAUGUGGUGAAGAGCAUCCCUCCCAGCGUGGCUCCGGUGGUUGCAACAGUGAUGCAUGUAGCGGCGAAACAAAAGACACGUCCGACAGAGAAACCGAUGCGACCGCCACUGGAGGCCAGCGCGCGCUCUCUGGAGGAGCACAUUUCAAAGCUGAUCUCCGACAACGAGGCGGUGGUGGACAACAAGCAGCUGGACAGCGUAAAGCCACGGAGGACAUCCCUCUCCAGGAGAGGCAGCAUAGACUCCCCUAAGUCAUACAUUUUCAAAGACUCCUUUCAGUUUGACCUGAAACCCAUGGGGAGGCGGUCCAGUUCCAGUUCAGACAUCCCCAAGUCCCCGUUCACCCCCACAGACAAGUCGAAGCCCGUGUUCCUGCUCUCGGUUCCCGCUCAGUACCCACCCAUGGACUGCCUGCCCAUAACCCGGAGCAACUCGAUGCCCACAACCCCCGGAAACUCGGCUCUGCCCAUCAACGUCCCUCCCCUCCCCCACCCCCUCCGGGUUUGUCAAUCAUUUGAUGAGAAGAUCGGCUCCCUGAAUGACGAAGUGUUCUCAUCGGCCCCACCGACUCCAAACCCRGCCGUCCACUCUCGGACUCUGGUCCGACAAGUAGCAGUGGAGGACUUCUCCACGAGCGAGAGCCAUGGCCUCCCGACGGUCCGCUCCAUGGAUGAGAGCCAUCACGGGCCGAGCGGCGCYGCUGAGCAGGUGCAGAGGAGCAAGUCGUUCGAACACGGCCAGGACCGAAACAAGAAACCUCAGCAAAACAAAGGCACCAUGUACGAGUGCGAAACCUGCCGGAACCGGUACCGCAAGUGGGAGAACUUUGAAGCUCACAAGAAGUUCUACUGCUCUGAGCUUCGCGCUCCUAAGAACAGGCCGGUGGCUGCGAAGGAAACGGACCAGGAGGUCUUUCACAUCAGUGUUCAGCAGUCCGUCUUUCAGAGACCAGCAGCUGGUCCGGGGACACUGGACCAGCACUCGUCCAUCAGGAAGAGGAGGAAAAUGAAAAGCGUUGGCGACGAGGAUGAUCAGUCUCCAACUGACACCAUUCCACCAUGCUCCGUUAGCUUUGAGUCACCCAUCGCUCCAACAAACAGAACCUUUCCACAGCAUGCUCUGCUGGUGGACGUCCAGCCCAAAAACAACCAGUCAAAGCUGCCACAGAUCCAACUCGUUGCUCGAGGGAUGAAUACUGAGGAGUCCAGGCUGUCGUUGAUCAGGGAGACUCAGGUCAGCAACUCGGUGAAGGGAGACCUGCAGCGGCAGGGCAGCGGCACUUCAGUGAUCAGACACACCAACUCCCUCAGCAGACCCAACUCGUUUGAGACAGAUCCGGUUGAGAGGGUCUCUCCUGCAGAUGUCCCAGAGAAGGAUUCUCUGAACAAGCCCAGCACAGAUGGACCAGCGGGGAUACCAGACACUUACCACGAAAAAAUACCCCAACCCAGCAGUUCUGAGUACGGAAAACCAAGAAAUGAGCAAAGCAGCAAUGGCACAGUUAGUGCCAACUCCACACCUGUCCACCAGUCUCGUCUCGUUCGUCAAAGCAACAUCCAGGUUCCUGAGAUCCUGGUGACGGAAGACUCUGACAAGGAGCACGAGACGCAGCCUGCCGAGCCAGCAGACAAGCCCGCAGACCAGUUCAGCUGGCCUCAGAGGAGCGAGAGUCUGUCGAAGUUACCCGCUGAGAAACUUCCCCCAAAAAAGAAAAGAAUCCGCUUGGCUCAGAUGGACCAUUCCUCUGGUGAGUCCAGCUUUGAGUCCAGCCUGUCCCGUAGUCUCAGCAGGGACAGCAGUCUCUCUCUGUGCUCCAGCAUCUCUUUCGACAGAGAUGAGCCAUCCCGAUCUGAGAGUCCAUCCAGAGCAGAAGGUCCAGCUAAAAUCCCAGAUACUCAGAGUCUUCCACCAACCUUUAACACCCUUGGAGUGCCUGGGUUGAUGAGGCGAGCCGCCUCGGAGCAGAUCACCUGCACGCAGCCCUCCGUGGAGAUCUCUUCUGAUUACCGUAGCAAGUCGUUUGACUGUGGCAACGUGACUCCUAGUAGAUCCCUGUCCCCUGUUGGUCAACCAAAGACUGGGCAAGUCUCCCAGGUGCCAUUAAUUGAGAGGAGGCGGGGCCCUUUGGUUCGGCAGAUGUCUUUAAAGAUUGGUCCGGAGAGCCAGCAGCCGGUUCGUAAAGCUGUGGUUUCGUCAGACAAACCUCCCGUCACCGUCGGCUCUUUCACUCACAACCGAUCCCAGCAGAUUCACAUCGCCAGCAGGUGUUCUGUAACCCGGCCUCCCGGCCUCAACGGGGCAGAGCUACCGCUGCAAAAGAACGAGCAAAUGGUGCAAAGCAUCAACCUGGGAAGUCCGACUCAACAGCCUCCAGUCCACGGUCUUCCACACCCGUGGCAUCAAACAUCAAGGGUUAAGGUGUGCCAACAGACCAAACCGACGCUCGGCCAGAUCUCAGCGUCUUGUGAAAAAAGCCAAAACAAACCAGGUAGCUUAGAUGAAAACUGUUUUGUGCCCAAAUACCAACUCCAGUGUCCCCUGAAAAGCAGCCAAACAUUUUCCUUCUCCUGCACACAGGGAACUCAGAUAGCUUUGCCAAUUUUAACUAUUCCAAUCGCCACUCCCAUUCUGAGCAUUUCCAAACCCUCAGACAUGGUCCAGAGCCUCUUUGUAGGUGGUCAGCCAGCCCCCAACAUUAAAACUCAAACUGUUGUUUUAUCAGGUGAACAGCAACUUGAUCAGAGCCAAUCAGCUCCACUGCCACAGAUCCUCAUCACUCACGAGCAGAUGCACCUUACCUCCUUAUCCAACAAAAACGGCCCGGCGUCCUCGCACAGCGUGGAUGCUGACACUCAGACUGCACCAACGGUGAGGAAGGAUGGCGUCCACCAUGCAGCAGAGCAGAUUCCUUCUUUCUGCACCCAGAAACUGGCCUCGGUGACACUCUGCCCCCAGCAGGAACCCACAGCUUCCAGUAAACGCAUGCUGUCCCCGGCCAACAGUUUGGACAUUUACAUGGAGAAGCACCAGAAACGGGCCAAAGACGAGCACGGAGUGGCCUGUCUUACAGACGGGAGGUCCCUCGGCUAUCUCAAUUCAAAGAUGUCAGAGGUGACGCGUCAACGGAAACUGAUGCUCGUCAGGCAGGUCUGCACGACCGAGCCGGCGGACAGUCCCAUCGAGACGGAGGCACCGCCUCUGCCGGAUGUCAAAGCCAACUCGGAGAAGGACUCGGAGACCGCCGAGGAGGCAAAGCCCAUGUCCCCUGAUGGUGCUGGGCCGGACAAAGAGACAGGAACAGUUAUUCAGGAGGGAUCCGGUCCAGUCCUGAACCCUGCAGCCGGUGCUCAGGAAGCCUCCAACACUCUGAAGCCUCAGGAGAAAACUGAGGAGCAGAGGUGGACUCCAACCAAAUCCCUGAUCCGGCCUUCCAGUUUCCACGUCAGCCAGGUGAAACUGACCACCUCUGUGUCUGUGGUGAACACCAAGGACACCCACCGCCUGUCCUUCCCCAGCCUGAAGACCACCACCACCUUCACCUGGUGCUUCCUGCUGAAGAGGAAGCCUCUUCAUGUGCCACAGACUGACCUGAAGACCUCAGCAUACAAGGUCUGGACCGUCAGUCCCAACAACCCUAACCCCCUGGGCUUGCCCACCAAGGUGGUCAUGUCUCUGUUCAACUCCAAGCAAAGCUCCAAGAAGAUCCACUACACCUCCGCCAUAAGAACUGGCGGCAAGUCAGACAUCUUGUCGUACUCGGGCAAGCUGAAGGACGUCAUGCCCAAGCAGCUUCCAAUAACCCAGAAGUCUGUUUCACCACAAACCAGAAGUAAACUGCAACCAGAAGCUCAGACCAGCAACGACUCAGACAAAGACGUGACGCCGUCCGCAGAACCACGGAGAGUCAAAAUAUUCGACGGCGGGUACAAAUCUAACGAGGAGUACGUGUACGUCCGCGGCCGGGGCCGAGGAAAAUACAUCUGUGAGGAGUGCGGCAUCCGCUGCAAGAAGCCCAGCAUGCUGCGCAAACACAUCCGGACCCACUCCGACGUCCGGCCCUACCACUGCGUGCACUGCAACUUCUCCUUCAAGACCAAAGGGAACCUCACCAAGCACAUGAAGUCCAAGGCCCACAGUAAGAAGUGCCUGGAGAUGGGGGUUUCUGAGGGACUGGUGGAGGACCAGGACGCAGAGGACUCAGGAGACCACAGUCACCUGAGCAGCGUGGACCGUCAGGACUCAGACGGGGACGACUCGGACAGUCCUGUCGAUGAAGACGAUGAGGAAGAGGAGGACAGCCAGGCCGAGUCGGGCCUGUCCACCAACCCGUCGGUGUCUGCCAGUCCUCAGCACAUGUCCUCCAAAGAGACGGACGUCCCACCCAGCGCGCUGCUGGCCCAGAUGUCCAUCAGCUCCCUGUCCCUGCUGCCGUCCCGGCCUCCGGAACCCCUGACCUCAGACUCUGUCCCCGCAGUGAGCCCCGUGUCCCGGUGCAGUCCAGCCCCCCUCCCCACCUUCGACUCCUACCCCUCGGACCCAGAGUCGGUCCAUAUGAUGAGCCCCGUGUCCCCCUGCAGGCAGAUGUCCAUCGACUACCCAGACUUUGAGGGUCCUCUUAGCCCCCCAGUGUCAAACAAGACCUCUAAGCCAGUCCAGGAAGGUCCUGUUGCCCCUGCAGGGACCUCAGAGUCCAGCACCCCGGUGGAUCGCAGCACUCAGACCUCCUCGUACCUGGCCCCCCCGCAGGAAGCCUCACCUGCAGCCGAGGCCCACCUGUUCAGUCACCUGCCGCUGCACUCGCAGCAGCCGGCCCGCUCCGCCUACAGCAUGGUGCCGGUUGGGGGGAUCCAGCUGGUCCCUGCGGGACUGGCCACCUUCGUCCCGAUCCAGGCCGGUCCGGUCCAGCUCACCAUCCCGGCCGUGGGUGUGAUCCACCGGAACUCGAGCCCYCUGCCGCCCCCCAGCACCUCGUCUCAUCAGGACGGCCUGCAGGUCCAGGAGCCCCUCAGCAGCGUCCUGCCCUGCUUCCCUCUGGGCCAGGUGGGUCUGCAGACCCAGACCCUGCAGCCGCUGGGCCUGGAGACCCUCAACCUGAUGGGGCUGACCAACACGGGCCUGCUGCCCCCCCAGGGCCUCACGCUCAAYGCCGCCGUGGGACUACAGGUCCUGGCUGCCAGCCCCACCUCCCAAAGCGGACCCCAGAUCCCGGGUCUGCAGAUCGUGAACAUCGCCCUGCCGGCCCUGAUCCCGUCCCUCAGCCCCCUGUCCACGCUCAGUCCUCUGCUGGGCCCCUCGGACCGGCAGGGCAGCCCCGAGGCCCCGGGGGUCCAGACGCCUCGGACUGACCGUGGUUCCGUCUCUCCGGAGCUGAAGGAGGGUCCGACCCCCCAGCAGCAUCCAAAGACGAGCGGUCCCAAAGAGCCCGCCCCUGAGCCCCCCGCCCCCGAGCCGGCGCCGCCGCCCGGCAGCUGGCAGACCGCCGACAACGAGGCGUCGAGCGACGACGAAGACCGCCUGGUCAUCGCCACCUGAGCAGCUCUUCUUCUCCUCUUUAAUUCUCGUCACUUUGAAAACAGACUUGGGGGGUUUUUAUCUCUCAGCCAAUCAGCUUCCAGAGCACAGAUGUGGUCCCGUGCAAUCCUUUCAGUUCCUGUUUGUAAAUGUUGUAAAGACAGUCGUGCCUUUUUCAGCUUUCUUUUGGUUUCUCUUCAURAUGUAAAUAAUUCUGUGGUUGUUGGCGUGAAGAACAUAAAAACACGGAGCUUUUAUUUUGGAGGGUUCGUCUGGUGACUUCCUGGAAUCUAAAUGUUGUGCGUGCGAGCGUUUCUGUGGACGGUGGAGCAGCGUGUGUUUGUACAGCUGUUGUUCAGUUAUUUAUUCCAGUCCACAGGUUUGUGCAUCACAGUAGCUUUAUUUGCUGUAUUAUGAAUUAUUCUGAGCUGUAUCAGUAAACAUUUGUUUAUGAAACUUUCA